AUGGACACGUGUUUUACAAGAGGAAAGUCUGUCAUUCUCGAGCGCUCAUUAACUCGCCCUAAAACUGAGGUGAGUUUGAGUGCUUUCGCUCUACUUUUCUCUGAGAUGGUCCAGUACUGUCAGAGUCGCGUCUACUCUGUGUCAGACCUCCAGGCGCGUCUGGCGGACAUGGGACAGAGUGUGGGCGCCAGUCUACUCGAUGUACUGAUGCUGAGAGAGAGAAACGGCAAAAGAGAGACCAAAGUGCUUAACAUCCUGCUCUUCAUCAAGGUAUCUGUAUGGAAAGCUCUGUUUGGGAAAGAGGCGGAUAAGCUGGAGCAGGCUAACGACGACGACAAGACGUACUAUAUUAUCGAGAAGGAACCACUCGUCAACACUUUUAUAUCAGUGCCCAAAGAGAACAGUACGCUCAACUGCGCCGCGUUUACUGCAGGUAUCGUAGAGGCCAUUCUCACCCACAGCGGUUUUCCUGCCAAAGUCACCGCUCACUGGCACAAGGGCACGACGCUAAUGAUCAAGUUCCACGAAUCGGUCAUCGCCCGAGACAAAGCGCUUGAUGGGAGAUAAACGGAAAGAAAUCAGCUGAGCUUUUUUUGGGGCUGGGUUGAGAAAUGUGAGUAAGGAUAGGCUAUCUGAAUGUAAAGGUAACGGUACUGCAACUGGACUGAGUGUUUCAUUUGCAUAAUGAAUGAAGGGUGUGAUGGGCGUAUUUGUCCGAGCGAGCGCAUUUGGGUGUUUUGUGGAUGAAAAAAAGUUUCAUUUGAUGAAUAAGUUUGAGUCACUGACUGGUAGAUACUGGUUACGCUAGUCGAAUGCUAGUGUUUAAUUCUGACUGACUGAAAGAGUAAAUCCAAUCACGGAAUAGGCUUGAAUUUCAGAGAUGUGUGCGUAUGAGAGAGAGAGAGAUAGAGACACAGUAAUGAAUGAAUGAGAAGAGAGUAUCUGAACUAUUCCGCAUAUGACUAAAUCAAGUAAGCAAAGUCCAUCCACAAACAAAUAUAUAGAUUGCAGAGGGGUUUUUUUAAUCAAUGUGACUGAAGUUAAGCUUGUUGUUUAAUCAUACAGUUAAUCAGUAAGUUCUGUAGCGGUCAAACCCACAGGAAGUAUGUAUGUUUCUCACAGUCAGUGAAUUCAUGUUGCCUA